UCCAGUGGCCCGUGGGAUCAACCACCCGCGCAUGUUGCCAAUGCCACUCUUCAAGUCCCCAACUCUUGCCACUCGCCGGGGUUGCUGCGACUGACGGCCACUGUGCUUCACAUUCCUGUCGUUGUGGGACACAACCACUGUAGUACGUACUCAGACUUCCAGUCAAGAGCGUGCAUUGUGCAUGUGCUAGUUGUCUCCGAUACUAGUGCCACUGGGAUCGUGUGAAGAGUCGACGUCGACGUCCUCGACAGCGAGACCCCUCCACCCGUCCAAGUCUGUUCGCGUUGCAUGCAGGCAUUAUAAGACGCCUGAAUCUUGACUUCAUUUCAUACUACUUCACAUUUCACACUGUUAUGGCUUCUUCGCGACGCAAGAAGAGGCCGGUCUCAAGUGCGGCUGCGAAGCCAAGAGCGAAUCGGAAGAGGUCCAAGCACGUAGGACCCGGAGAAGAGCAAGAGCAAGACAUUGCUUUGCCUGCACGGCCACGGCUCCCGGUUGAGCUGAUAUUGCUUAUCUACGAGCAUAUCCACUCGCAGCACUGGCUUGCCGUUGCAAGCCGCAUAUGCCGCGCUCUCCAACACGAAUUUGAACGUCUCUUAUACCGGAAUGUCUUCGUGAGGCGUCUCCCGGAGGCCGUUUGUCUCUACUACACGCUCACCGAAUCCCCAAUACGCGCGGAUUUUGUCCAUUCGCUCGAGAUCGUGGACCAGGGACAGCUCGAGCCCGCUAUGCCGCAAAUCAACGAGAUGCUCCUCCUUCUGAAGAACCUCAAAACUCUCACGCUAUAUAUGCCUUCCCACAACCCUGCGCUCUACAGUACCCUUAUACGGACCGCUUCAACAUGCACGUUCCAUCUGAAAACACUUGAAUGCCAUGAUUCUGCCGAUGAGGAGUUUGUCCACUUUCUUCGACGGCAGACCGAUCUAGUAUCUCUCCGUGUGAAGGUUGGACCAUCCUCCCCUUCGCCCAAUUCAGGUUGCACGAUCCCUCCAGACGCCCUUCCACGCCUCACACACCUACAGUGUUACAAUACAUUCCUCCUGCGCGGCAUUGGCUCCCCUUCUGCCCUCACACACCUAUGGCUUACUCUCCACGACGAGGAUGUUCCGUAUCUAGGCAUGGCCCUUGGGGCUGUGCGGCAGCAACUCAUCAGCUUGAAGUGCGUACUGUAUUGUUUGGACCUCCCGGUUUGGCCUCUAAUAUCGGGCAUCAUCCGUGGCGGACCCAUUCCGAGGUUAAAAUAUCUGGAAAUCGACGAUGGCUACACUAGUGUUUAUCGACCAAGUCCAGACGUCGAUAUCAGAUCGGACGAAUCAAACGUCACGUUGCAAACGCUUGUAUGGCGUGCAAAAUCACGUCCAUACGAUCUGCCCCGUAGCAAAGUCCUGCGCUCCAGCCAUGGCCGUGUAGCCUACACUCGCCCCUGGGCGGAGGCGUUCCUUGGUACAUACAGCACCCAGCGCCGAUUCUACUAUGUCGACGAGAAUCGGGACGACCCGGACGCAGCAUUCGCCGUACGCUAUACCAAAUCAGUUGACGGAGGUGUUUCGGAGGACAAGAUGGAUGUGCUGGACGUGCCGAAUUGGGAUGAUGUUUGACAUGGCAAUGUCAAAGGUAGCCAUGACUUGAUGAGUACCAAUAUGCUGCGGCGAGAUGGGUUGCUCAACGAUAAUGUUACGAGGCGCUUAUUGCCAUGUACUUAUGUCUUUCACAAGCUGUAUCGAAUCGACGAUGAGAGGGACUCACGGUGCGAGCACAGCCAUGCGAGCACUAAGUGGAAAGAGAGUAGGGAGCUUAUGAUGGGGAGGGAAAGGUCGGCAGGUGGGGUAGUACCGAAGCGGAGGGUGCCAAUGUGAACUACAGUAUGGGUGGUGGUAACAAGACUUUACGGAAGUUUGAGGUAUACGUAGUUUCAAGCACAUUCAAGCAGGUUGAAACUUGCCCACAACUGCCCUAGUCUGCUCGCGCAGUAAUCAGGCCUGCUCCGGGCAGAUUGAACAGGGUGGAGGUGGAGUCCAAG